GUGUCAGAUUACAGUAUUUAUUUAACAACUCAGAAUGUCUCACAGAAGAAUCUCAGCCGCCACAAAGAGUCUGUCCAUAAAGAUUCUCAUCCUUUUGUUCACUUUCAGUUUUCUUUGAUCGCCUCUGCGAGAUUUCCUUGUGCAGCUGAACUGCGAGAGGCGCAAUGAUACAAUUCCACUAUUGGGUGCAAUAAAACUUCCUCGCCUCAGGCAUUAAAUCUUUAACGAUUUUGGCGGUUUGUGGACGAAAAACAGAGACUCUGAAUCUAUAUGUGGGGAUUUGUGGCGAAUCAAAUGCGCAAAAGUUAUCUCGGGGAGCAAAAUCUCGGCACAGAGAGAAGUUGUGUUUUGAGGAAGAUUCCGUGUGUGAGGCUGUUUAUUGCUCCGGCAGAAAUUGAUGGAGCUGUUGCAUUUCCCAUUGGCUUAGGUCAGUGAAGCGCACAGUUUCCGACUCGAACCAAGUGUUCGUGACCAGCAGGACGCUUUUCGCCGCUCAACUUUGAAUUGUGCUCAGUCGACGACCCACGAAAUGGCAAAUCGGCCAAUCGCACUGCUUCCCAUCGUGGGAAUUGCAUUGCUGGCCACAACAGUCACUUGCCAGGCCGGCAACGGCUCCUUCCCGCUCAAGCUCACCCUCAUCAACUCCAGCGCCUUCAGCCGUCUUCCGUGGUGGCAGAGCGUCUCCACGGAGAAACCACCUGUCACGGACACCAGCCCGAUGCCGCUGACCACGGCGAGUACCCACAGACUCCAUCGGUCCGGGCAUCACCGCCACGCAGGGCGACACAUUUGCCCCGAGAGAAAGACUGUCCAUGUGCCCGUGAAGACGAAGGAGCUGUACAACAAGCCAACACUGCGAAAGUUCUCUGAGCCAUGCUCGAAUCAGAAUCUCUGCACUGGUGUUCGGGUGGUUCACGAGCCAGCUUACAGGGACAUCAUCAGGCAUCACAGCACGCAGCAGAUCUUGUACAACUGCUGUCCGGGAUGGGAGAGGAUUCACGCCAACAGCAGCGGUUGCAAUAGACCUGUCUGCCAAGCAGAGUGCAAGAAUGGCGGGAAGUGCGUGAAGCCAAACGUUUGCAGCUGCAAGACGGGAUUCACGGGAUCAUCUUGCCAGCUGGACAUUAAUGAGUGCAAGGAGGAGAAGCCCUGCGAUCAGAUGUGCUUCAACACUGAAGGAUCUUACUAUUGCACUUGUCGGGAAGGAUUUAUCCUGCAACCGGAUCGACAGAGCUGCAAGAAAAUCGACGAUGCAGAAACUGCGCUGGAAGCACGCGAGAUGGACGUGAAUGAUGUGGACUAUGAUGAGAUAAAUGCCAGACUCGUGAAACUGGAGAAACACUCAUUGCAGACGGAAAUGCUGGACAAGAAGCUUCGCCAGACACUCGAGAGGAUGGAAUCGAUGAAGACGCGACUGGAUAUCCUGGAGAGGCGACAGUAUGAGAUCAACUACUUCCGGGAGAAGAUCAAAUCCUUCGAAAUUCAGUCGAAGAAGAUUGAGAAUCUCAUAAAUUUGUGGUACAAAUGCCAAAAGCAUCCACAUUUGUACUGUCCAUGAGAAGAAGUGGCGCAGAAAUGAAUUUUAGAUCUCACAA